CACAACAGUGCCAGUGCCACUCUGGUUAUAGGGUUUCGUUGGUCGUCUUCAAGCUUUGAUUGUUUUGGUUGUGGUACUUGUGAGGAUUCGUCUUCAAUGGGGUAUAAGAAGUUCACUUGGGUGAUUAAAAAUUUCUCAUCUUUGCAACCUGGGUACAUUUGUUCUGAUGAAUUUGUGGUCGGUGGCUGCAAAUGGUAUCUUAAGGUCUAUCCGAAAGGAUUUCGAAAUGAUAGUUAUAUGUCUAUGUAUCUAGUUGUUGCUACUCGUGACACUUUGCCUCAUGGAUGGAGAAGAUACACAAGAUUUCGUCUAACUGUAGUAAAUGAACUCUCUGAUAAACUCUCCCAACGAGUAGAAACAGAACGAUGGCUUGAUCAAAUGCGUUCUUUUGAUGGGUUUCAAAAAUUGCUCCUCCUUGAGAAACUUAAUGCUGAAAAAGGUGGAUUUCUUGUGAACAAUGAAGUCAAGAUUAUUGCGGAGCUAGAUGUUGUUAAAGUUAUUGUUAAGGUAGAUGUUGUUGAAGUUAUCAGGAAAUUAGAUGUUUCAAAGGGAUCUCAAGAGGUAAAACAACCUCUGAAAAAGAUGAGGCUAAAUGGUGAUGAUGGUGCCGUGUCUAGUCAUUUGCACAAGGAGACUUCAUCAGUAGAUGUCAAUGGGUUUCAAGUUCUUCCUUCACAGGUGGAAUCUGUGAAACUUAUAUUCGAAAAACACCCAGACAUGGCGAUAGAGUUCCGAGCAAAGAACCAAGAUCUUAGGACUUCAUGCAUAAAUGUUCUCCUCAGCCUAAUCAAGACUUUGUGCCAAUCACUGCAAGACCUUUCCAUUGAUGACCUGAGCCAAGCAGAGCAAGCACUAACGUACUUGAUAUGUUCCGGCUUUAAGGAGGAUUGGCUGGAGCGUAAACUGGAGGAAGUGAAGGAAAAGAAGAUCGAAGAACAGUUUAGGAAGACUCGGGUGCAACACUUAGAGGAAGAAGUGAAGGUCUUUAAGAAGAAGUGCUCAGAGACAGAAGAAGAACUGAAGGACUUGAAGCAAAAGUGCUCAGACACAGAAGCUCUGCUGGAGAAAGAGAAGAAAAAGGUGUUGGAUGCUGCCAGGGCUCCUUCCCUUACAUUGAAUGAUGUUAUCUGAUGACUUUGGUUCUACUAGGUGUUAGUAUAUUCAUUUGAGUCUAGGUUCAAAAUUAAUAUAGGAAGCUAGAGACUUUUGUGUUCUGUCUACUGGAAACUCUUAUAUUUUGUAAAGAGCUAAUCUUUUUGUGAAAGAUAACUUGCUUGAACUAGGAUUUUGUUAGUGGUCUCAUUCAUGACUAUGUAAACGGUAUGUUCAGUUAUUUUCGUAGCUUAUUAAGCAAAUCAAUUCUUAA